AACAUCAAAUUCUUCUGAAUUUACAUAUCAUCUUUAUCCGUCGUUCACGCGUAGAUAUGAAAAUCAAUGCUACGUUGACAGAAAAAACAGAGUACAAAAGGUCUGGAUUGACGUCUGCUCGACUUCUUUUUAUUUUAGAGUACUAUUGUUCAAAGCACAAGCCAGAAGAUAGAGCUCCGAAUCCUUUUUUAAAAGAAAUUAUUAUUCUGUCUGAUCAGGUACGGAGACGUCGGUUAAGGUCUGAGAAAAAUCGUUGUUGAGGAAGGUUUUGGUUUGUUCGAGGUUUUAUGAUGGACGGGAAGCUUGUGGGCGCCGAUAUUCAUGGCUUCCAUACAUUGCAUGAUUUAGAUGUUCAGAAUACUCUGGAAGAGGCCAGAACAAGGUGGCUCCGUCCAAAUGAAAUUCACGCAAUCCUCUGUAAUUACAAGUAUUUCAGCAUCAAAGCCAAGCCGAUGAACUUGCCCCCAAGUGGCACUAUUCUAUUGUUUGACCGUAAGGUGCUUAGGAACUUCCGGAAGGAUGGUCAUAAUUGGAAGAAGAAAAAUGACGGGAAAACUGUCAAAGAAGCCCAUGAACACUUAAAAGUUGGUAAUGAAGAAAGGAUCCAUGUAUACUAUGCGCAUGGGCAAGAUAACCCAACCUUUGUUCGCAGGUGUUACUGGCUUCUUGACAAGAACCUAGAACACAUAGUCCUUGUUCAUUACCGUGAAACUCAGGAAUUGCAAGGAUCUCCAGUAACACCUGUCAAUUCAAAUUCUAGUGGUGUCUCUGAUCCAUCUGCAACUUGCCUUUCAUCAGAGGAGCACGAGACUGGUUCUAAUCAUGGAUAUAAUGCCUGCAAGAAAGAAAUUUUAGGUGAAUCGAUAGGGCCUGGUGACAAUUUAACUGUCCAGAAUCAUGAACUGACGAUUCAUGAGAUUAAUACUCUCGAGUGGGAUGAGCUCCUACUGACAAAUGAUUCUAACAUCUCAACUGCACCUACAGGAGAUACAAGCUUUGAUCAAUCAAAUCAAAUUGCAGUAAAUGGAUCUUUACAUGAUGGAGCAAAGUUUUCAGCUGAAGUUUCUUCUUUCAGCAAUUUGACAGAACUGGUCGCUAGCAGCGAUAACAUGCACUUGAGUUUCCGGGACAACGUUCAUAUCCAGACACUGGAGAGUCAAGUGAACACAAACGAGCCCAGAAGGGAUUCUAUUACCAUGGGAAGCACUAAUUCCUCAGACAUUUUGGUCCAUGAUGGAUUGCAAGGACAGGACAGUUUUGGAAGGUGGAUGAACCACAUCCUUGCUGACUCGCCAGGUUCAUCAGAGAACACAGUGCUAGAAUCCUCAAUUUCUUCAGGUCAUGAAUCAUUUGUCUCUUCUGUGAUGGAUCAUCAGAAAUCUUCAGUUCCAGAGAAAAUAUUUACCAUAACAGAUGUCUCACCUGCGUGGGCAUUUUCUACUGAGAGAACAAAGAUCCUGGUAACUGGGUUCUUUCAUGAGGGGUGCCAACAUCUUUGGAAGUCUAGUCUCUUUUGUGUCUGUGGCGAUGCCUGUGUUCCUGCAGAAGCUGUUCAGGGUGGGGUGUAUCGAUGCUUGGUAUUACCACAUUCUCCUGGAUUAGUAAACCUUUUCAUGAGUUUUGAUGGUCACAAACCGAUCAGCCAAGUCAUGAAUUUUGAGUAUCGUACUUCUUUAUUGAGUGACCCAGUAGUUUCCUCAGAAGAGAAUUACAAGUGGGAAGAGUUUCAAGUUCAGCUUCGUCUUGCCUCUCUGCUCUUCUCUACAUCCAAGAGCCUUAAGAUUAUGUCUAAUAAAGUAUCACCAAAAUCCCUGAAGGAGGCUAAAAAGUUUGCUGACAGAAGCUCUAUGAUUUUGAAUGGUUGGGCAAAUUUUAGCAAGUCAAUUGAAGACAACAAACCGCUCUUUCCACAAGCCAAAGAUGGUCUGUUUGAACUCACUUUGAAAAACAAGGUAAGGGAGUGGCUGCUGGAAAGAGUUGUUGAAGGCUCCAAAACCACUGAAUAUGAUGCCCAAGGUCUAGGAGUAAUACAUUUAUGUGCUAUUCUGGAAUAUACCUGGGCUGUUUAUUUAUUUGCAUGUUCAGGCUUAUCAUUGGAUUUUCGUGAUAAACAUGGAUGGACAGCUCUUCAUUGGGCAGCAUAUUAUGGAAGAGAGAAAAUGGUUGCAGUCCUUUUAUCUGCUGGUGCAAAGCCAAAUUUGGUAACUGACCCAACCCCUGGAAUCCCUGGUGGAUGCACUUCUGCUGAUCUUGCAUCUUUAAACGGGUAUGAUGGCUUAGCAGCUUAUCUUUCAGAAAAGGCUUUGGUAGAACAGUUCAACGAAAUGAGCAUAGCUGGGCAUGCCAGUGGUUCCCUUGAUACCAGCUCAACUGAUAAUUUAAACACUGAGAACCUCAGCGAGGAUCAGCUGUACUUAAAAGAUACGUUGGCAGCUUAUAUGACAACUGCUGAAGCUGCUGCACGUAUACAGGCUGCAUUCAGGGAGCGCUCUCUAAAACUACGGACCCAAAAAAUUCAGCUUUCCAUUCCAGAGGCUGAAGCACGCAGUAUAGUCGCAGCAAUGAAGAUUCAACAUGCCUUUCGCAAGUAUGAGUCACGAAAAAGGAUAGCAGCUGCUGCACGUAUCCAACAUAGGUUCCGCACAUGGAAAAUCCGUAAAGAAUUCCUUAAUCUCCGUCAUCAGGCUAUCAAAAUUCAAGCUGUUUUUCGGGGUUACCAAAUGCGGAAGCAGUACCGUAAAAUUCUUUGGUCAGUUGGUGUGCUUGAGAAAGCAGUUCUGCGCUGGCGUUUGAAGAGAAAAGGUUUACGUGGUCUUAAUGUUGAUCCUAUUGAAGCAGAUCUGUCCCAGAAGCAGGAAGGUGAUGCAGAGGAAGACUUCUAUCGAACUAGCCGAAAGCAAGCUGAAGAUCGUGUUGAGAGAUCUGUUAUACGGGUUCAGUCUAUGUUUCGUUCAAAGAAAGCACAAGAACAAUAUCGGAGAAUGAAGAUGUCCCAUAAUCAAGCAAGGCUGGAAUAUGAAGAGCUUCUUCACCCCGAUAUUUACAUGAAAUAGGUGAGAGACGGAGGGGUUAUGCAGAAACAGGUUUCAACAAAGUUCAGAUACUGGGAGUCUAGUUGUUCAUGUGCAAGUGAAGGAAAAAAGAUGGAUUCCAAAAGAGUUUUCUGUGGUCUUGUAGUUUGUACAUGUUGUAAAUGCCCAAAUUAAGAUCGCCUGCACUUUUGACACUCUGCAAAGUGUUUUUUAAGAUUUGAGAGGAUCAUGGGUUCAGUCGUCUUGUUGUGGGUCCUUUUUAUUUUUAUUUUUUUUAUUAUUUUCCCUCCUGGUAGUAAUCUUGUACACAAGAUCUAGGAAUAACUUGUGUUUGUGAGCUUAAUUUAGUUAAAUAUGGGUAGGCAAUAGCUUUACCAUGGCCAUUGGCAUCAGGUUAACUUUCAAA